AUGCUGACGUUCAAGCAGAAAUCAGAUCCCUCAUUCGAUGUCCGCAUCAGGGCUUCUUCGGAUGAGGACUUGGCCAUCACUCUUGGCGUAGUGAUGACUGCUACGUAUCCCAAGAGCCCGCCGUUACUGACGCUGAAGAGCACCGGCGACCUUCGUGAGGUUACCCUAUUCAAACUUCAGAAAUUCAUCGAGACACAGCCCAAAAUCUUUGCCACCGAGGAGCAGGAGAUGAUGGACCGGAUUGUGGAGGGACUUAGAGACAUUCUCGAAGACGCUGCUCAGGCCAAGGCGAAGGGUCUUGAGCUGCCUUCGCUUGAAGAAGAGCGAGCCUCCCACGAGGCCUUAUUGGCCAAGCUGGCCCAGGAGCAGAGAGAAGAAGAGAAACGCAAGAAGGAGGAAGAGAACAAAGAGGAAGAGAGAGUUCUUGGCGGCUUGUUGCAGGUUGAGUUGAAACGCCAAAAGGACAAGGCGAAGGAGACGCGCAAGAAGAACCGCCCCAACGGACUACCAUCUCUCAACACAAUGGAUGGCUUUAACGGCCCGGAAAGUGGUCGCAUAAUAUUUGAUCGACCUUGCAACACGACUGACAAAACCGGAAACAUCAUUUCAUUUCAGGCUGUCUUCGGGAAAUCCGAGAUCGCCAAAGGCUCCGUUUCAACUGUCUUCUCCGUUUGGCCCGUCGUUGACAGUGGUCAGGACUGUCCCACCUUGGCUCUCAAGGAAGCCGUUCUUCGUACAACUGCCAAAGAGGAUGUUUCUGUCUUCAAGAAACAAAUUCAGUCCCUCGAAAGCCAACUUGAGGCACUUAAGCUAGUGCGUCAUCGGAAUCUGCUCGAGGUAUUGGACUUCAGAGUGGAGCGCGAGAAGAGCAACAUGGCAAAAGCGUUGGCCAGUCUUUGGACCGUCAACGUCCUCACCCCUAGUGCCGAGAAGGGAUCUCUAGCUGAACUUCUCGACCUCGCUGGCCAGUUGGAUACCAGCAAGGUGCGCGCCUGGACGCGAGAUCUACUGGAUGCUCUCAACUUCCUACACAACAAGUCCAUGGUCCACCAAGACAUCCACGCAGGGAACGUCUUGCUUUUCCGGGAACAAACAGGAGAGGUGGUCCCAAAACUCGCAGACGCGGGCUACCAACGAGAGUUGCACAACAUCAAAUCCAAAAGCCAUGCGCCUCUGGGACUGAGCUCGGCAAAAUCCGCUUAUUGGCUGCCGCCGGAAACUGCCGCGUUGUCGAAGCCGCAUUACACGCAGAAGACGGACAUGUGGGAGUUCGGCAUUGUCUUCUUGCAAAUGAUAUUUGGGCUUGACGUGCCUCAAAAGUACCAUUCACCUUCCUCCGUGUCAGAUUCUAUGUCAUUGUCGAGGCCGUUACAAGAGUUGGUUACCAGAUUCUUCAAAGCAGAUCCCAAGAAACGGCCUCGCGCCUUCGAGCUCGGAUCCAGUGAGUUCCUUGCCACAGACGCGCCUGUAAUAGUGGAGGACAGCCUCGCGAUCACGUCGAAUUACCAUUCUCUCAACACCCUGUCCCCAAUACCCCCAAGGCUGAGACGUGAGUCGACGAAUAGAACUCUCACCUCGUCCAGAUACCGAGAAGACUUUGAUGAGGAGGGUCGUCUAGGUAAGGGUGGAUUUGGGGAGGUGGUCAAGGCCCGGAAAAAGUUGGACGGACAGAUAUACGCCAUCAAGAAGGUCAGCCAAAGGUCGCAAGCAAGCCUGACUGAAAUUCUGAAAGAGGUUCGCCUGUUGUCACAGCUCAGCCAUCCAGCCGUGGUUCGCUACUACAACACCUGGGUCGAGGAGAUUCCGGACCAAUCUGACGCAGAGGGCGACACCUCCACGGAAGACUUGAACACGGAAGACUCUCGAGACACGAUAUCUCAAGGCCCCGCCAUUCACUUCACGACAAGCACCGGUGGCCUGGACUUUAUGUCAUCCAGUGGCUACCCCCAAGUGGAGUUUGGCUACGACGAUUCGGACGCAGAAGACGACUCUGGCUCCGAAGAAGAGGAUGAGGACGAGGACGACUCGGAGGAUGAGAGCGACUCCGACUCUGACAACAGUAGUCAGGCGGUCGGACGCGCGCCAAAGGGUAAAGAGAUCUUGAGAAGGACUCAGUCCCACCGAUCUUCCAGGACAGUUUUGUACAUCUCCAUGGAAUACUGCGAGAAAAGGACACUACGUGAUCUGAUCACCAGAAAGCUUUAUCAAAACACACCGGAAAUUUGGCGUCUUUUCCGACAAAUACUCGAAGGGCUUGCCCAUAUUCACGGCCUCAGCAUCGUUCAUCGAGACCUGAAGCCCGAAAACAUCUUCAUUGCCCAUAGUAGCGAUGGAACGGACAACGUCAAGAUUGGCGAUUUUGGAUUGGCAACCAGUGGCCAAUUUGCUGUCGACAAAGCUUUACCAAACGCUAUGGAAUCAGACGACAUCACCAGAAGCAUCGGAACCACGUCUUAUGCCGCCCCGGAGGUACGGUCAGGUUCCAGCGGGAUGUACAGUUCCAAAGUCGAUAUGUACUCUUUGGGUAUCAUCUUUUUCGAGAUGUGUUAUCCUCCGAUGCUCGGCAUGCAGAGAGCCGAGGUCCUCGAGAAGCUCCGGCGACCGAGCCCAAUACUUCCUCCAGAUUUCAAGCCUGCGGAAAGAGUACAAACAGAGAUUGUCUUGUCGUUGGUGACACACAACCCGAAAGAGCGGCCUUCAAGCGCGGAACUGCUCCAAAGCGGAAAGCUCCCGGUCCAAAUGGAGAGUGAGACCAUCAGACGUACCCUUGCAGGCCUCGCAGAUCCCAGCUCACCCUACUACAAGAAGAUGUUGUCGACUUUGUUCUCCCGGCCACUGGAACAAGCCAAGGACUACGCGUGGGAUAUGCACGAGUCGAGCCCGAGCCAGUCAGACUUAUUGAACCAGAGCAUCGUCAAGGAAACCUUGAUAUCCAUAUUCCGCCGACACGGGGCUCUGGAGUGUCAACGGACAUGUCUCUACCCCCGUUCCGCCCAUUAUGCCGAGAACGUGGUGAGACUUCUGGACUCGAACGGAACGGUCCUACAGCUUCCCUUCGAUCUUACGAUGGGCCACGCGAGGAUGCUUGCCAAGGCCAGCGCAGCGCCAGGCGUCCAGCGGACAUUCACAUUCGGCAAUAUCUUCCGCGACAAAGGGGACACUGGACAGCCCUACAUGCUUGGUGAGGUUGACUUUGACAUUGUGACGACCAACACCCUCGAUCUGGCGUUAAAGGAAGCGGAGGUCCUGAAGGUGCUCGACGAAAUCAUUGCGACCUUUCCCUCGCUAUCUUCGAGCCAGAUGUGUUUCCACCUGGGACAUUCCGACUUACUACAGCUUAUAUUCGACUACUGCCGGGUCGAGCACGGCUCUCGGAGAGCUGUGGCAGACGUCCUCAGCAAACUGAACAUUCACCACUGGACUUGGCAGAAAAUCAGAGCGCAGCUGCGAUCUCCGAUGAUCGGUUUGUCGGCGACUAGUGUCGACGAACUACAGCGAUUUGACUUUCGAGAUACACCGUCAAAGGCCUUUUCCAAGCUCAAGACCCUCUUUGAAGGCACCGACAUGUACCAGCGAGCUUCGUCGACCUUGGCGCAUCUGCGAGAGGUCUCAGAAUAUGCCAAACGUCUCGGGGUUGCGAGCAAAAUUUACGUCACUCCUCUGAACAGUCUCAAGGAAAGCUUUUACACCGGGGGAAUACUCUUUUCCUGCCUCUACGACAAGAAGGUCAAGGACGUUUUCGCCGCGGGUGGUCGGUACGACAGCCUCAUCAGAGAAAACCGUCCCAAGAUUGGCAACAACUACGAAGAGCGCCACGCCGUGGGAUUCAAUUUGUCGUGGGAGAAACUGUCGAGGUCCCCGAAAAGCGGUGGCAGGGCUUUCUUGAAAAAAUCCGAAGAAGAAAGCCAUGACAUCUUUGACAACGCCAAGAGAUGCGAUGCUUUGGUAGCCAGCUUCGAUGCUGCCGUCUUGCGGUCUACGGGAAUAGAAAUCCUGCAGAUGCUCUGGUCGCACAACAUCAGUGCCGAGCUUGCAAAAGAUGCACGAUCGCCAGAAGAUUUGCUGUCCCGGAAUCGUGAUGAGGGAUACUCGUGGAUCAUCGUCAUCAAGCAGGACGCGAUCCUGAAGGUCAAGACGAUGGACAAGAAAGACACGCCCGACGUCGACAUACCCAUGGCGCAGUUGCUCUCGUGGCUGCGAGCCGAGAUCCGGGAGCGCGACUCCAAGUCCGUGGUCAAGCUGAGGGGCAGCACCCAACAGUCCGAGACGGGGGCUGCGGCAGAGACGCACCAUGAGCAAGACGUGCGCGUGCUGACGGCGCAGACGAGGAGCAAAAAGUUCAAUCGGAGGACAGUCGUGGAGCAGGCGCAGGUGAGCGCCGGCAGUCUGGUCCACUCGUUCCUCGAUGGACCCAUCCUGGCCGUCGAGACAACGGACCAGGUGAUGGAUCUUAUCAGAGACACGUGCCUGUCGGACGGGGAGAGCUGGCGCAAGGUAGAACACAGCGUGACGACAGCAGAGAAGAAGUAUGUGCGCGAAAUCCACGACAUGUUACUGAAUUGGAAAUGGACCUGGGAGAAGAAGAAUGCCAGCCGGCACUCGUUCCUGUACAACUUCAGGACGGGGAACUGUAUCUACUAUGACCUGGGGGCGUAG